UCCGUAUUGCUGAAGCAGGACGAGGAAGGUGGAGAGGAAGGGCCGGUGAGGCGAUCAGAUUGACUACGUUUGGAGAAUGUUCAGAAACUAAGAGGCGAGGGGGGUGCUGGGCGGGUGGGGAAGAUUCUGUAACAGACUCCAAACUCACAGGGAGGGCAUUUUUGAAAGCUGUGUUGGAGGGAGGGGGCAGAUGGAGGGAUGUGAAGAGGAGCAACGUGGCCACUCCUUGAGGAUAACAAGGAAAGAAAGAGAAAGGACGGUGGCAGCUACGCGAGGGGAAGAAAGGAUACGCGUUUCUGUGGGGGGUGAAUGCAGAGGGAUGCGACACGGAGGAAGAAAGAGUGGCUGAGGAAGAAAAAGAAGAAGAGGAGGAGGAAGAAGAAGAAGAAUGGGGGCUGUUGAAGGAAAGAAAGAGAGAGGAAAAGAGAGGCGUCCAAAGGGAGGGGGGGACUCGCAUUUAUACCGAAGCGAUGUGAGUCGCGUGUGUCGGGUGUGGGACAAAUCCACGCAGAGUGUGGGGUAUAAAUCAUAUAAAUCAUAUUGGCUUAUUGGCUUAUUGGCUUAUUGGCUCUUGGCGGCAGCGUCAACGGGUCUGGCCAUUCACACGCCCACUCGAACCAACAGCGGAUCGAGUGCAGCAGGGAAUCCAUCCGACCCCAUCUGUAUGUCCUCCUCCUCCACCCUUGCCAUUGCCCACCACCACCACCACCACCGCCACCAUACCGUCAAUCUUCCCUUGGGCGUUGCUCGUGUUCCUCUUCUUGCUGUGGAACAGAUGCCUUUGAGAAGGAGCGAGAUGUGGGGUACUAGUCCAAGCAGCUGUUUAGCAGCAGCAUCUUCAUCUCUUUCACCCCCCUACGAGAAAAAUAUUCCUCCUCCUACAGAACAACGACUCAGACCGAAUAGGAGGCACCACCCAGACAAACCGGUACCGGACAGCUUCCUCUUGACGGAAACCCCCCUCCCUCCCCCUGCCACAACUCACACCAUAAAAGCAACAACCAGCGAAAGAAAGACCAACCGCAUCCAGCAAUAGUCUGUAAAUAGCCCGUCUCCAGUCAACAACGACCCACGGCCCGACCCCAACGCCCAAUGUCUUAUUUUCUCAUCUAUGAUAUCCAUGAUCCAACUCGAGUGUCCCGCUUGCUCGGUCUGCUCACUCCACCCCUAGC